AGACAAAAAAAGGGAGAAACAAAACAACAAAAAAGGAGCAAAAAGAAAGAAACAGAAAAAAAGAAAGAAAGAAAGAAAGAAAGAAAGAAAGAAAGAAAGAAAGAAAGAAAGAAAGAAAAGAGAGAACGGAUAUCGGCGUAGUUCCGUAAAGUUUCGAUAAGUCGGUCUCGAAGCGUUUACUUCCUGGUGAGCAGACGAGCCAGGGAGGCAGGCUCUAGCCUUGGAUAGGAUAGAAAAGCGAAGGAAGUCUAGACUUUGGAAGGAUCAAAAGACAUGGCUGCAAAAACUGCGAAGGCUCAGGCACAACAUGCGGCGAACAUUGAAGUAGCAAGUCUUCACGUUUCCUUACCUCAAAUGUUGGAUCUUGCUCUGGGAACACCGGAAGUCGGUGCGAUUAACUUGAACAUUCUUCACAAUUUUCUUCACGUUCUGUUGCAUCAAAUUAAUCUGAGAACAACCAAAGUCGAAUAUAGAGGAGAAGAUGCCAAACGAAUAAAAACAAUGGUAGCUUCGGCUAAAGCUGGUCCAUCGUUGCAUCUUCACGAGUACAGCAUCACCGACGGUACCGAUAAAGUGAAACAACGUAUUCAUAGUACAGACCAAGUGACGAUAAAUGUAGACGUUUUUUCGGAAGAUGAUCAUAAAUCUGCCGGUCAAGCAUCAGCCAGUGUCCCGGUAACACCUCGAAAUCUUAAAAAAAAUGAGAAGGUACCUGUUCAGGCGGCGAACGGUACUGCUGUCAAAAAAACGAAAGGUAUUAAGCAACAAAUAACUUCUGGAUCCGAAGGAGAAUGUCAAAAUGUUAUUUUCGUCGAGCCAAUUAUCGAUGGCUCCACUCCUACUGCAUUGGCUUUCAAGAAGCUCGAGCAAAGUGUAGAACAUCUUGAGCAACGAUUUGAAGCAUUAGAAGAAUUGUCUACUAAUCCUGAAUUGGUUGAACGAUUGAAAGGCAAUAUCACAGAUCCUUUAGUAGACAUGUGGAAUAUUAUUAACAUGAACAAAAGACUCGAUGCAGCUGAGCAAGGAAUCGAUAAGCUCGCAUCGAUGGUCCAAGACGUAAUUAAAAGUGGAACGAAUCUUGAAAUUGUUGGCGAUCGAUUAAAGGCAUCGCGCGGUGAUAAAGAAAAAAUCGAUAACGAUAACAAUAACGUAAACAUAGACAAUGCUAAUCCGGCAACUAUUAAUGAAACGGAUCAACAUAUUCCUGGCGAUGAAGAGACAACCGUGAUCGAUGCUCCAAAUUCAGAAAAUGUAGUUUCAGAAUUCGAAUCAAAAAAGGCGCCGACGAUAGACGACAAACAAAACGAUUCUAAACGAUUAGACGAAUUAAGAGAUCAAAAGAUUGAUAAGUGUUUCCAAAGUAUUCAGAACGUGAAAACGACGAUUGACGUUGCUUUGACGAAAUUAGAAGAUCGUCUUCAUAAAUUAGAAACGAAAGAAGGAAGAAUUGAUACUACAGCAAAGAUCGAUGACGAAUCGGCACCAACAUUGGCACCGGCCGAUGAUCAGUCACCUGACGAGUUAGAUAAACAAAAAAUUCAUAUAUAUUUGGAGUACCUUCAAGAUUUCCAAACGACAAUUGACAAUACAUUCGUCAAUAUGGAGGGUCGUCUUAAAAAAUUGGAGAAGGAUAACGAUGAACUUAAAGAAAAAUUGAAAAACGUUGCGAUACCAAGCGAAACCGGUGAUAGUGAUCUAAACGAAUUGGUAUCAAAGAUUCAAGAUAUUCAAGAGGAUAUGAGAAAAUUAAAUGAGACAGCUGAUCGUCUUAUGGGUGAUACGGAGGAUCGUGAAAUGAAUCUAAACGCGAUGUUAGAACAAAUAGAAUUGUUAAAAACGAUUAAAGCUGAUAAGGAAGAUCUCGAAGAUGCAUUGGCUGAUAAAGCUGACGCUUAUACAGUCAACAGAAAGGUUUCUCACGAUCAAUUUGAUGCUGCCUGCGAUGAUUUAACACGUGGAUUAGAGGAAGCUAUAAGUAAAUUAGGUAAACAGGAAUCGAUAUGGCAUCAAGCAUUGGAUGAAGUACAGAAAGAGAUCGAAGGGAAAGUAGAUAAAAUUGAGAUAACACCAUUGAGAGAGUUUGUCAAUAGUCGAUUAAAGUCGCUUCAAGAGAAAAUGAAACGUAUGGCUGAGAUGAGACGAGAAGCCGAAGCUGCUGGUACGAAAAAAAUACUCAGAGACGUCCAAUGUAUAUCAUGUGAUAAAGAAGUAGUUAUGAGAACGGAAGAAACUGGCAAAUUUGAGGCACCUCCUAUGCCUUGCACGAUGAGUAUGAAACCUUAUCUAACUUACGAAUUGGAUCAAGUUAGAAAGCAGCAAAGAAGAUUGCCUCAUAGUAGGAACAUGAUUCAAUUCGAGGCAGCCGUAUUGGAGGAGACUAGAAAAAUGAAAAUAUCUAAGGAAGAAUCAUUUGCGAAAUCUCCCAGAGAUCAUCUUUGUAAUCGUUAUUGCGGUGGAAGCCAUACGAUUACAACUCCCCAGCAAAGGGUUAUGCGAAUGGGACAUUUUCUUACGCAAUGGGGUCCAGAGAGUAUACAAUUAACAGACGGUAUGAUAAAAGGAACCGACGGUAAGAUGUAUCGAAGUCGACCAUUGCCACCGAAAUAUGAUGUCUGUGGCGGUAUAGUUCCUUGUCCUGCCAACGAAGUUAUUACGUCUCAGGAAACUUCAAGAUGUACUGGAAAUAUGUCUCAGCCUUGGCAAACUGCACGAAGUACAUCAAGUGCCAAAAAACGUAAUUCUGGAAGAAUAUCGACGAGAAAGAAAGAUGUCUGUCCAGGUAUUUCUACGGAACAUGAACAAAACGUGUCGGAAUCAAAUCUAAUCAAUAAAGUUGCUCUCGAAGUUCAAUCUACGACCGAGGCAUAACUUUUGCAACGAGGCAAAACAUUUUGCAAACAUUAAAAAAAAUACGUACUCAUUUAUCAUAUAAAGAAGAAGAAAAAACAAAGAAAAUAAAUAAAACUAAAAUAUGAAAUAAUUACAAUUGUUUGCACCUGGAUAAUGGCAACACCUUGGACUUCGUCGAUAAUGUAGCUUGUUAAGUGUCGAUAACUUUUACGUUCUUAUAUCUUAAUACAACCGUGUAACGCGUGUUGCAUAAGAUCAGGGAUAACAAAAUAUAUUACCGACAGAUAUUAAUUGAUUACUCAAGAAAGCAUUAUAUAAUUAAAAUCUAAACAAAAACUCAUGUUUCCUUCAAAUUGUAUUUGAAAACACUACAAAAUGAUCAGAGAGUACCGAAGGACUUAUUAAAUGUUUUAUUAUUAAGGAGGAAUUCCAGAGUACACAAGACUAGCUAGCGAAGUCGAUUUCGGAACAUCGGUGGUCUGCUGCUAAAACAAUUAAAAAAAAAUAAUAAACAAAAACAAAUACAGGAUCGCAUUUCAAAAAACGCAAUCGUACUAUUAUGCAUAUUACAUCUCUCUCUCUCUCUCUCUCUCUCUCUCUCUCUCGCUCUCUCUUCAUUUCUUUUUUUCUAUUUUUUUUUCGCGCUUUCUCUCAUUUAUUAUUGCACAUCACACACGUUUCAAAAAUUCUCUUACACAAAAUGGGUGUGUAUACAGCAGUUUUAUGGGGGCAAACGAUCAUUAACGCACAAUUCUUUAUCUCUCUCUCUCUCUCUCUCUCUCUCUCUCUCUCUCUCUCUCUCUCUCUAUUUUUAUUCUUUGUUUUUUUGUUUAUAUUCAUUAAUCGCAAAUCGACCUUUCCUUUCAUAUCGUAAACCCCCAUUAUCAGGGACUACUCGCUAACAUUA